AUGACAACUCAAUCAUAUGGCUAUUAUACUCCGUUAGAAGAGGACAAUCAAAGUCAUAGUGGUGAAAGCGUUAAAAGUGACAGCAGUAUUGGUGGUGACAGUGCGUAUUAUGUCGAACAAGAAAACACAAAAGAGUUCCAUCAUCUAAACUCCAAUGUGGAUGAUGAUGAUUUCCUUGCACCUCAAUACUGUGAUAACAGUCAUCGGGAGAGUAGUCCUUGGAGUUUUAUGCACCGGCUGGUGUCAAUUCCAAUCAUCCAAGAUAGUCUUAUUGGAACACAGCAAAUGUUGAGCCAACACAUGCUUGGAAGAGUAGCACUUAAGCAAGCCGAAAACACUCUACAAACAAUGAUCCCUUUAUUGGAAAACAGGUGUUUGAAAAGUCCUUUGGCUCUAGUGAAUACAAUCGGCCAUCGUUCGCUUGAUAUUGUGUCUGACCGGUUUCCUUUGGUUAAUGCACCUACCGAGGCAAUUGCCCACGCUGUUCACCCUCAAACCAUCUCACUUGAACUCAAAGACCAGCUCGAUCAAGCAGUCAGCCGUAUCAAAGCUCCUGCUAAAGCAGCUUCUAGAAAUGUAAAUAGACGGCUCGAAAAUGCUGUUGAUCGAUUUGAGGCUACAUUAGAUCGUUAUCUGCCGCAAGACCAACGACCGAGACCGAGGAAAUCUCCUACUAUUGUAUUGCGCACAGAAGAACCCCCUGAACAUCUCCGUCAAGCCAUGAGAUUUUACCACCUUGCAAACUCUCUGACUGAUCGAUUGGCUCACAACUUUUCUGACUCUGGAGCAACUGAGCCUACUCGCCCAAGUCCUGUUUGGCUUAUUGAACAAGCUGAAUCGCUCUGGCCCACAAUAUCCACUCAUUCGAAUACAUAUGUCGAACGCCUUCCUGAACCAGUCCAACGCCAUCUCAUUAGUCCCUUUGUCGAGAUUGCCAAGCAGGAAUAUGAGACAAUAAGACAAACUAUCGAAAGUGUCGAUCGCCCUGUGUUUGAACGUGCUCGCCAGGUCAUUACAAUUUCUCACACUCGUAUCAUGAUGCCUUUUCUUCAACAUUCUGUCGAAACUCUUCAGUCACAAGUUGCUGUUUAUCGGGCAGCAGCACAGAAAAAUAGGUCAAAGGUUGUUUCCGAAUUGACUCAUCGAUUGGCAACCAUUAGCUCUCAAGAUGCACCAACAAAUUUACUUGAAUAA